ACCAGAGCAAUUCUCCCCUCCUGCAUUUUCCAGCAGCUGGCAUUCGGAAACAGGGCUGCCUCCCGUCCUCUUGUAAAACCAUCGAGAUUGGUGGCCAUCCCUGCUUCUUGUGGGAGGGAGUUCCAUGGUCACUGCACUGCAUGACUUUCUUUUUAUCCGCCCUGAAUCUUCCCGCAUUCAGCUUGAUCUCUCCGCUUUCUCCACGCUGUAAUCUUAUAAGCUACUAUCGCUUCGCCUCUUCCUCACCUUUUCUCUAAGCUAAAGCGUCCUGCUCAGGUGCCUUUGCGAAGAGGAUGGGGCAGCCCAAGCCCCCACCUGUCGCCCCUCCCUCCUGCUCUGAGCUUCCCUCCAGAGGCUGCCAACCCAGCCUGCCCCCUGCCAGAGCCUCCAGGAUCACGUGACGCCUCUCUGCCCCCACCUGCCUGCCAGUUCCUCCAUCUCCCUGUCUCCCUCUCACCUGUCCUUGGCCGAAGCCCCCUCACCCUCCUGGGGCUUCUUCCUGCUGCUUCAGGGAGAAGGUGAGUUCCUCGUGGGGCCCUGGGGACCCGCAGGAGGGGGAGGGGAGGUCCCAGCCACCCCAUAGCACUUGGGGGCCUUUACCCUCAACCCAAUAAUUCUGUAUCCUGCAUAGCUCCUCUACAAGCCCAUCCCCAAUUCCUUUCAGGCACCCAACACCCCUGCGGAUCUGUCUGCCCCAGAGGAAUUGAGUGCCUAGCAGGCUGGCCUGGGAAUGGGGCAGCCAUGGGGAAAGAGACAGAGAGAGUCUGCCAGGGCUCAUGAGAUAUUCAUGGUGACACCUGAGACAGCAGCUGCCAUGCUAGCCUGCCCCUCUCCCAGCUCCUGGCAGCCAGAGAUGCAAUGGAGGCUCUUAAGACCAGCUUAAUUCCCUCCUCUGGAGUCUUUUCCAGCUGUUUUUAGUACUUUACAAUAUUGGUUUUUUAAAUAAAAAAUACAUUUUUAUUAGUUUUUAACAUAUUAAUUAACAUUCAUACCACAGAACUUCACAUCUUAUACAAUAUUUUUCGGACUUCCGUCAACACCUCUGAUGAUUUUCUCUUCUUAUCACUUAUUAUGCAUUUCUUAAUUUCAUAAUUAUCUUUAACUAAUAAUUUCCCUCAUUGUUUUUUUAGCAAUGUUUCAAAUAAUUCACCUUACGAAACUUCUUGCAAACCUACUAGCAUAAUCUGUCGAUCACAAUUCCUUUUUUUUAAAAUAAUAUUUAUUAAAGUUUCAAAGGGAAAAAAAAUCACAUUAAUAAAAAAAUUAACAAUAAAAAGGAAAAAUACAAAGUAGAAAAAAAGAAAAAACAGUUAAAAACAAUUCCAUCUUUUCCUCACUUCUUUUACGUUUACUUGUUUCCCGGACCUCCUCAUACCUCCCUCUUUUGUAUUCCAAUUCAAUUUGUUAAUCCAACAAUUCCUUUCCCUCCUUUUUAAUCCUAAUCCUUAGUCUUGAUAUAUUGUAACGUUAGAUUUUUACAUAUUAAAAACCAAUUUUCCAUAUUCUUUUGUACCUACACAGCUAGAAACCACUUAACUUCAAUCCAACAUCAUUCUAACAUUCAUUAAUUUUGCAAUAUUUCUGUAAAUAGUCUUUAAAUUUCUUCCAAUCUUCUUCCACCGACUCUUCUCCCUGGUCACGGAUUCUGCCAGUCAUUUCUGCCAAUUCCAUGUAGUCCAUUCAUUUCAUCUGCCAUUCCUCCAGUGUGGGUAAAUCUUGUGUCUUCCAAUGCUUUGCAGUGAGUAUUCUUGCUGCUGUUGUAGCAUACAUAAAGAAAGUUCUGUCCUUUUUUAACACCGAUUGGCCGACUAUGCCCAGGAGAAAGGCCUCUGGUUUCUUCAAGAAGGUAUAUUUAAAUACCUUUUUAGUUCAUUAUAUAUCAUCUCCCAGAAAGCCUUAAUCUUUGGGCACGUCCACCAAAGGUGAAAAAAUGUACCUUCAGUUUCUUUACAUUUCCAACAUUUAUUAUCAGGCACAUGAUAGAUUUUUGCAAGCUUGACUGGGGUCAUGUGACCUCAUUGUGGGAGUUUACUAUAGAUCCCCAAGCCAAACGGAGGACAUAGAUGAUGCCUUCCUGGAACAGAUGGCCAAGCAUGCAAAAGGAAGGGAGAUAGUAGUAAUGGGGGACUUCAAUUACCCGGAUAUUUGUUGGAUGUCAAACUCAGCCAAGAGCAUAAGGUCAAACAGAUUCCUCACUGGCCUUGCAGACAACUUCAUUGUCCAGAAAGUGGGAGAAGCAACAAGAGGAACAGCCAUUUUAGAUCUGGUCCUAACCAAUGUUGAUGACCUGGUUAGUGGGGUAGAAGUGGAAGGAUCAUUAGGCGCGAGUGAUCAUGCUCUUCUGAAGUUUACUAUACAGCAGAAAGGAGCAGCCAAGCAUACUAGGACUCAAUUUCUUGACUUUAAGAAAGCUGACUUCAUAAAACUUAGGGAAGUGCUGGGUGAGAUCCCAUGGACAGUAAUACUAAAAGGAAAGGGAGUUCAUGAUGGCUGGGAGUUUGUUAAGAGGGAGAUACUAAAAGCACAACGUCAGGCAAUACCAAUGAGACGGAAACAUGGAAGGUGCCUAAAGAAGCCAGGGUGGCUAUCUAAAGAACUUUUAACUGAGUUAAGAUUAAAAAGGAUGUGUACAAAAAAUGGAAAAGGGGGGAAACCACCAAAGAGGAAUUCAAACAAAUAGCCAGCACGUGUAGACACAAAGUCAGAAAAGCUAAAGCACAGAAUGAACUCAGGCUUGCUAGAGAGGUUAAAAGCAACAAAAAAGGCUUUUAUGGGUAUGUCCGUAGCAAAAGGAAGAACAAAGAAACAGUGGGGUCACUCAGAGGGAGAAGAUGGUGAAAUGCAAACAGGGGACACAGAAAGGGCUGAACUCCUCAAUGCCUUCUUUGCCUCAGUCUUCUCCGAUAAAGAAAACAAUGCCCGACCUGAAGAAUUUGGAGCAAAUGAUUCAGCAGAGGAAACACAGCCCAGAAUAACUAAGGAGAUAGUACAAGAAUACUUGGCUAGUUUAGAUGUAUUCAAGUCUCCAGGGCCAGAUGAACUGCAUCCAAGAGUAUUAAAAGAACUGGCAGAUGUGAUCUCAGAACCACUGGCAGUCAUCUUUGAGAAUUCCUGGAGAACAGGCGAAGUCCCGGCAGAUUGGAGGAGGGCAAAUGUUGUCCCUAUUUUCAAAAAGGGGGGAAAAGAGAGGACCCAAAUAAUUACCGCCCAGUCAGUCUGACAUCAAUACCAGGGAAGAUUCUGGAGCAGAUGAUUAAGCAAACAGUCUGUGAGCACCUAGAAAGGAAUGCUGUGAUCACCAAUAGUCAGCAUGGAUUUCUGAAAAAUAAGUCAUGUCAGACUAACCUGAUCUCGUUUUUGACAGAAUUACAAGCCUGGUAGAUGAAGGGAACGCAGUGGAUGUAGCCUACCUUGAUUUCAGCAAGGCAUUUGACAAGGUGCCCCAUGAUAUUCUUGUAAAGAAGCUGGUAAAAUGCGGUCUUGACUAUGCUACCACUCAGUGGAUUUGUAACUGGCUGACUGACCGAACCCAAAGGGUGCUCAUCAAUGGUUCCUCUUCAUCCUGGAGAAGAGUGACUAGUGGGGUGCCACAGGGUUCUGUCUUGGGCCCGGUCUUAUUCAACAUCUUUAUCAACGACUUGGAUGAUGGACUCAAGGGCAUCCUGAUCAAAUUUGCAGAUGACACCAAACUGGGAGGGGUGGCUAACACCCCAGAGGACAGGAUCACACUUCAAAACGACCUUGACAGAUUAGAGAACUGGGCCAAAACAAACAAGAUGAAUUUGAACAGGGAGAAAUGUAAAGUAUUGCACUUGGGCAAAAAAAAAUGAGAGGCACAAAUACAAGAUGGGGACACCUGGCUUGAGAGCAGUACAUGUGAAAAGGAUCUAGGAGUCUUGGUUGACCACAAACUUGACAUGAGCCAAGAGUGUGACGCGGCAGCUAAAAAAGCCAAUGCAAUUCUGGGCUGCAUCAAUAGGAGUAUAGCAUCUAGAUCAAGGGAAGUAAUAGUGCCACUGUAUUCUGCUCUGGUCAGACCUCACCUGGAGUACUGUGUCCAGUUCUGGGCACCACAGUUCAAGAAGGACAUUGACAAACUGGAACGUGUCCAGAGGAGGGCAACCAAAAUGGUCAAAGGCCUGGAAACGAUGCCUUAUGAGGAACGGCUAAGGGAGCUGGGCAUGUUUAGCCUGGAGAAGAGGGAGGUUAAGGGGUGAUAUGAUAGCCAUGUUCAAAUAUAUCAAAGGAUGUCACAUAGAGGAGGGAGAAAGGUUGUUUUCUGCUGCUCCAGAGAAGCGGACACGGAGCAAUGGAUCCAAACUACAAGAAAGAAGAUUCCACCUAAACCUUAGGAAGAACUUCCUGACAGUAAGAGCUGUUCGACAGUGGAAUUUGCUGCCAAGGAGUGUGGUGGAGUCUCCUUCUUUGGAGGUCUUUAAGCAGAGGCUUGACAACCAUAUGUCAGGAGUGCUCUGAUGGUGUUUCCUGCUUGGCAGGGGGUUGGACUCGAUGGCCCUUGUGGUCUCUUCCAACUCUAUGAUUCUAUGAUUCUAUGAUUCUAUGUACCACCUGUAUAUCAUUUUCAUAAUAUUUUCUCUUAAGGCAUUACAUGCCGUAAACUUCAUACCUGUGGUCCACAACUGUUUCCAGUCAGCAAACAUAAUAUUAUGUCCAACAUCUUGUGCCGAUUUAAUCAUAGCAGAUUUCACCGUUUCAUCCUGAGUAUUCCAUUUCAACAGCAAGUUAUACAUCUUUGACAAAAUUUUAGUUUUGGGUUCUUUUUUUUUUUUAAAGUUGAUAUUUAUUGAAUUUUCAAAAAAUAACAACAAAAAUUUCCAAAAAAAAUUUAAGGAUACAAAAAACAAAAUUAGUGCAUAAACAAAAAAGAAAAGAAAACCCAGCCGCAAAGAAAAAAAAAAAAGAGAAACAGAAAAACAAAAAUAUAAAGUCCUUUACAAUCUCUAUUGACUUCCUUUCUAGACUUCCUCCUCCUCCCCUCUUUUGUUUCUUAAUUUUUAAUUUUUACAGCAAAUCCUUUCUGUUUUUCAUAACAAUCUGUCAUUACGUUUCCUUAUUCUAUUUUCCCUCUUGUCAUAUAAAAACUUUAAAACUCAUAGCUUAUAUUCAAUAUUUACCAAAUUCUUGCAUCAUUACCUUUUACGAAUCAUUUACCAAUCCUUACUUAAGUCAUGUAAUUUCAUUCAACAUCCUUCAAACAUUUGUAAGCAUUCCCAAUAUUAAAAAGUAAAAAGAAAAAAUAAUAAGUCAAAUUCAGUCCAGUCAGCUUCCAACCUCCCCUCCCCUGGACCCGGGAUUGUCAGUCCUUUUAACCUCGGUAAUCCGGCUCCUUAACCUGGUUGUCUCGUAUCCGAGGCCCUCAAGUCUCUUUCUUGCCCCUUUCGCCACUCUUGUUGAUGAUUCCUUUCCAGUCGUGGAUGCUCCAGCAAGAAAAUGCUUUUGACCCUUUGCAACAAGUCCAUCCCAAACCCAUUGCCCAAGCCAGACAGCAAAUAAUACCACUUCAAAUUUCCACAAAGCUUGGAGACUUCGGCUACUCCAAUCCUCUGAUAGCCCAUCACCAGACUCGGAAGGUCCAAAUAACCAUAUGGAGGGGGUCGAUCCAUCCCCCAUUUCCAAAUCUGACCACAUUUCAUCUUUCCGAAUCUGGUUUGUCCCAAGUUCAUUUAUCAAGUUCAAAGGCUGAUCUUGCCCGUCCAAAGGUCCCUCCAUCUCUGAAGCCUCCGUCACUACAGCAGGUUCAUAUGCUUGUAUAGCCUUUAACUGAAUUUCAUUUGUUUGCUGCUGUGCUCUGGUAACUUCCAUCAUCAAGGUCGUCUCCUGACGCAUCUGGUCCAGCUGGGCACUUAGUUUUGAAAAACCUUCCAGGAACAAUUGUUCAAGCCUUUGUACUAGCAUUGUCCUUCAAGGUCAAAGAAAAUUCUUUCCCACGAGAAUAGUCCAAUAGUCCUUCUCUUUUAAUCUCUCUGCGUUGCAAUUUCACUAAAUUCCACUAGAUGGAAUUUUUUUUUUUUUAAAGGAAUAAAAGCAACAGCAACAAUCUUUCUUUUUCCAGAAACACUUUAUCCAAAAUUCCCCCUUCCAAAUUCAAAGAGGCUACAGUAGAAUCAAAAUGUUACCCUUCUUUUAACUAACUGUCGAGCUGGAUAAACUUCAGAACGUCAAUUCUGACAGCCCGCUCCUGGUUCAGGGCGGUGGAAAAUUGCUUUAUUUUAAACUCACUUCCGCAGGAUUGAAAAGUCCAAAUACAACCCCUUUUUCUCCUGCAGUCAAAGGGGGUUCAGAAAUCUUAGAUGUUGAAUUCUAGUUCUCUUAAAAUUUAAUUUUCAGGCUUUAGUAUAUUUUGUCUUUGCUUUCUUCACAUAACAAAAGAACGGAAGGCGACUUCCUGUUUAGACCUUCCCAUUCCGAGUCCCAAUUAAGUUCAAUUUCAAGUCCAAUAUUAUUUGUUUAUUCACCAGUCUUAAAAGUGGUUCAGCUCUUCCAAGAUCAGGUACUCACGGAUAGAUGUUUUAGAUGCCAAAUUGUCCAGGAAAAAGGCAGCGCUCUCCGAUAACGGCAGUGCGGCUUUGCUGCACGGAGGAAGCAGACGACUCACAGCACCACGCACCUCCCACUCCGGAGCCCGUUACCGGGCUCCUGUACAAGGGAGAGAGCGCUCUCGGUGCCCGCCGAGUCCCACGUCCACAGGCUUCUUCCGCCUGUGGUUUUGCGGGUCCCCGCUGCGCCGUAGCGGCAGGACCCAAGCCUCCGUGCAGCGGGUUCCCUUCAGUCCGAAGGGAAUUCCGCCAUUUUCCGGAGGCGCCACCCCGGAAGCCUUAAAAUUUUAGUUUUGGGUUCUAACAAUUCUGUUUCUAAUUUUGAUUUUUCCACCUGGAAGCCGAUCACAAUUACUUUUCAAAUAGUCUGUAAAUUUACCCCAGUCUUCUGAGAAUCUCUGAUCCCGCAGGUUUUGAAUCCAGUGAUUUGCAAUAUUGUACUUGCACAUUAACGUUGGGUUUCAGUUGGUGCAACCUGUCCUGGGACCCCAAAGUAGUGGGCGGGUCUCACAGGAAAUAGUGAAGUUGGAAGGGGUCCCAGCUGCCAACGACUCCAACCCCCCACAAUGCAGGAAUCACCUCAAAAGCAUCCCUGGCAGGUGGCCGUAAACUGCAAUACAGCAGUAAUCAGUCAGUUUUAUUGCACAUAGCCAAAGGCUGCCGCAAUGUACACAGAAUCAUUCAACAAUUAAAAGAAAAUAUGCUGGACUGAUACAAAAAACUCAAGACAAGAGAUUACCUACUCUAAACAGAGCUAUAAAAGUACCUUAAUAUACAGGUUAAGACAUUAAAAAAUAAAAUUUGUAGGCUAAAAUUAUCACAUGGCCACUAAUAUAUUAAAAAAAUAAUGUUAAUUAAUACAAUGUGCAAUUAUAUUCGGAGUUCGGUAAUAUAGCUUGAUGUAGAUAGGGCCAAAUAAAUUCAUCUCCUUUACAGCUGGUGGCUACCUUGGCUAUAUAAUUUGCUCUAAUUUUCCCAGCGGCAGUUGCAAAGAGUUCUACAUGCCAGGUCACAUACUUAUCUAUGUCUGCGAGGAGAUAUAAAAUCAUGUCAGAGGGGUUCUGGGCAGGGGACCUUGUCAUUAUAGGUGCUAAAAAUCAUUCUCGUGCCUCGUUAUAUAAGGGGCAGCGCAAUAUAUAAUGCAUAAUGAUAAUGUUACCUGCCUAGCCAAGUCUCUGAGAGGUGAGAGGCGGCAGAGACAGUGGUGUCUUUGGGCUAUAUGAUUUUAUUUACGUACAACCUGAGUGAAGGAUGGAGGGACUCCCAGCAGCAGCACCCCAGGAGAUCUUGCUUUUGUAGUAGUUGCAGCUUUGGCUCCAGCGCAGAGUGAGCCGGUCUCUGUGUCUCCUGUCUCCAGGCUCAGAUCCCACCCCAAAACUCUGUCUCUCGCUCUCCUACCUGGCAGGCAGGUGAGGUGGGGAAGACCCGCCUUGUGUGUCCUAGAGCACAAAGCAACUUCUUUGGAGAUGCGAAUGGCGAUGCUUAACUGCCGUAUUUUUCGCUCCAUAAGAUGCACCUGACCAUAAGACACAUCUAGUUUUUUAGAGGAGGAAAGCAAGGAAAAAAAUAUUCUGAUCGAAACAGUGGAUGUAUGAUAGUUGUGGUUCAUGCUGUGGCCACAGACAUGUGACCUGAUGGUGAAUUCGGGGUGACCCAAUGCAAAAAUCUUGAGGAUCAAUGCGGAUCCGUGCUUUGUAACCCUGUUUUUUCACCAUUGCGGUCCCACGCAACAGUGGAUGUGUGAUUUUUUUUGGUGGAGGCUGUAGCCAUGGACAUGCUAUGUGAUCUGAUGGUGAAUUUGGGGUGACCCAAUGCAAAAAUCCUGAGGAUCCAUGGACUUUUACUUCCCCCCUCCCAGGCAGCCUCCUUUAUCGCUAGCGUCCCUUAGCUCUCUCCCCGAUCGGCAAACUAUCAAUGGUUUUGUUUCAACACCCACUUCCCUCUUUUUUUUUUUUUUUUUAAAAAAAAGCAUGAUCUGCUUUUCUCCCCUGGGCAACUCGGCUCCAGGGACCACACAUUCGCUCCAUAAGAUGCACAGACAUUUCCCUUUACUUUUUAGGAAGAAAAAAGUGCGUCUUAUGGAGCGAAUAAUACAGCAGCUAAGUCCAGCGCCCUGUUCUCGCACAGGCCAAAUACUCCCAAGAACCUAGCAGUGCAGGUAGACUGCCUCUGGGGCUGGAGGUUCCACAAGAACGUCCAAAGAGGCUCCUGGAUCAGGCCAAAGGGGGAACACCCAGUCCAGCCUCCUGCCCUCACAGUGACCAACCAAAUGCCUGUGUGAAACCCACAAGCGGGAUCUGAGCCCUUCCCCCUCCUGUGGUUUUUGGCAACUGGCAUUUUGGAGCAUCACUGCCUCUGACCGUGGAAGCAGAGCACAGCCAAGCUGGUAGUCAUCUGUGUCUCCUGUGGGAGGGAGUUCCACAGUCUGGUUUUUUAUUUUUUCAUUCCCCCCCCCCCCCCAGUUUUAUUUAUUUAUUAACAUUCUUAUAUUACACUGGUAAACAUUGCCAUAUGACAGUGGUACCUCAGGUUAAGUACUUAAUUCGUUCUGGAGGUCUGUUCUUAACCUGAAACUGUUCUUAACCUGAAGCACCACUUUAGCUAAUGGGGCCUCCUGCUGCUGCCGUGCCGCUGGAGCACGAUUUCUGUUCUCAUCCAGAAGCAAAGUUCUUAACCCGAGGUACUAUUUCUGGCUUAGUGGAGUCUGUAACCUGAAGCGUCUGUAACCCGAGGUACCACUGUACAUUACAGAGCUUAUCAUAAUAUAUUUUCCAACAUGUAUACCAAGAUUAUAUACAAACUUUAUAUACCUGAAAAGAAAUAAAAGAAAAACAAAGAGAAAAAACAAAGACAAUCAUAUAUGUACCAACACAUUGGACUUCCUGUCUAUCCCAUUGUAUAUUCCUUUUUUUUUUUUUUUACAAAUGAAUGUACUCAUAUUAUUGUAUAUUUCUUUUACAUUUUAUCUAAUACUUUCCUAUAACAAUAUGUGCUCUUGAUCUUAUUUCUCAACUCAGUCUCUCUCCAACAUCAAUCAAAUGCUAGCAUAGAUAACGAACCUUUACUGUAUUUUUGAACAUAUGUUUUAUAGCUAUCCCAUUUUCCCAUAAAUUUUUGAUUUGAAUUGCCUCUCAGGCUAUUUGUCAGCGAAUUCUUGUAGCUUAUAGUGCCAGUCCGUUAUUGUCGGGGCUUCUUCUUCCUUCCACCCCUUUGCCACCAAAGUCCGAGCCGCGGCCGUUGCAUAUAAGAAUCCCUCCCUAAAGGCCUUUGGGAUGUCCCUGCCAACAAUGCUUAACAGAAAUGCCUCUAGUCUUUUGAAAAAGGUUUGGAAUAACCUUUUUAAAAAGGGAGUUCCGCAGUUUAACUGCGCUUGGCCAGCCAAGCCUUUGCAUCUCACCCCCCAGGGAGCCUGUUUGUUGGCGAGGCUGAUGCCACCUGUUAUAGAAAAAUCUAGGUGUGAGGCUGCUCCGUCCCCCAGCUGGUCGGGCAGAGCCCAAUGUCCCUGCGGAAUAAAGGAAGGAGUCCAGCCACCAACCGGAGCAAAUAGCUGUAGACCAAAGUUUAUUGCGCAACAGGUUCAAAGAGGAAUUUUGAACCCCGAAGAUGGGGUGACAAAGACUUUUAAAACUUUCCCACCAUAUCCCAGAAUACAGUUCGUACUGCAUCAUUACUCUAUCACUGAAAUGUCACCAAAGGGGAGGGGUAGACUGGGGUUACACUAGUUUAACCUUGGCAAACAUGUCCAGACAAGUCCUUGGUACAAGAUUAGCAUAGAAGAAGAAGAGUUUGGAUUUGAUAUCCCACUUUAUCACUACCCGAAGGAGUCUCAAAGCGGCUAACAUUCUCCUUUCCCUUCCUCCCCACAACAAACACUCUGUGAGGUGAGUGGGGCUGAGAGACUUCAGAGAAGUGUGACUGGCCCAAGGUCACCCAGCAGCUGCAGGUGGAGGAGUGGAGACGCGAACCCGGUUCCCCAGAUUACGAGACUACCGCUCUUAACCACUACACCACACCACAGCAUAAGCAGACAUGUCAGGGCAAGACCAUAAGAUUAGCAUAGGCAAACACCUCUGAAGUUCCACCACCCAAAGUACAAGAGAACUGCCUUUGUGUGUCUGGACUCCAUGGCAAGUCCGGGGAUGGGAUGAGGGUUUACUUGGCCAAAAAUCAGCACAGCAAUUGUCACCUCUGGGAACUUCCUGGAGUCCUUUUUUAAGGGGAAAAUAGCUUUGGAAUGGAGGAAACUGGCAAAGGAGUGGAUUUUAUAUUAUUUUUAAAGCUAGGUGACUUCCCUGAGCUGUCAAGUUGAAAGGAUCCAUUCAGGCAUGAUAUUUGUAAUAUUUAACAAGUUUAAAGAUGUGGGCCCCCCCUGUAAUUUCCGUAACACCCCCCAUGACCAGCUCACCCUCUCUUUCUUCCCUGGUCCCUAGGAGAUGGCACAAAGCCCUGUGGAUCACAUGGCCCUGGCCCUGGCGCUGAGUGGCGCCCAGGACUGGCUGAAGUCCCUGCAGGAGCGCCACCUGUUGGGGCUGGUGGGGGCCCAGCGCUCCCUGGAGGAGGCCCUGGCUGCAGGGCUGCAGGAAGAGGAGCGGCUGUGGGCACGCGCCCGGGCAGAGCGGCUGCAGCUGCAAGGAGAGCUGGCUGCUCUCCAGAAUGCCAACGAGGAGGCGGCACGAGUGGGCGCAGCCAGGAUCGAGGCCCUGCGGCAGCAGCUGAACCACCUCCAUACCUGCCUCCUGGCAGCACCCUCCACCGAGAGGGCCCAGGAGGCCCGGGAUCUGCUUGCCCGUGCCAGCACCCUCUCGCUCCAGCUCACCUGGGCCAGCUUCAUGCCAUCUCCGCAGGGACGCCUGACCCACGUCCUGGGGCAGCUCCAGCUGGAGGAGAGGGUCCUCAGCCUGGCUACCAGCAAGAUUCUGGCCAGGGGCAAUGGAGAAGGGCGUGGAGGAGGCCCCGCUGUGCCCGCGGAAGGGAGCAGCCCAGAGGGUGGCAACAAGGAGCAGGCAAGCGAGAGCUGCCCCUCAGAGCUGCCACGGACGGCCCCGUCUGUUGAGGCUGGACUGGCAUCCCAGGGGGAGAUGUGCAGCUGGGCAGAGGAGAUGGGGACAGUGGCAGAGGUUGCUGUGAGGGAGGCAGAGGGCCGCGAGGGAGCCCUGCCAGCAGAGGCAAUGCCCACGGUCUCUGCGGGGGUGCCCACAACGUGCUCACCAGGGGCUGAGGAAGUGGGUGGUGCGGCCAGGCCAGGCCCGUCCCUUCCAGAGGGUUCCCCUGACACGGCCGAUGCCCCUGGCACGCCCUUGCCUUUGGAGCCUGCCACCCUCUUCCGUGCCAGGGCGAUCUGGGUACAAGAAGACGCCUCUGACAGCAGCAGCAGUGGGGAGAUGGGGGCAUCGGGCCCCUUCCGGGAGGUGGCUGUGCUGGGCAGCCGAGCGCCCUCAGCCAGGGGGGCCCUGCCCCGAUGGGCCUCGGCGGAGUCCCUGGGGCGGCUGCACAGAGCCAGGCAGGGAGCCGGGGGGCAGCUGGGGGGCAGCUGCCUGGAGCUGGCGGGGCAUGGAGCGGAGCGGGUCGCCUUCCUCAAGGGGACCCGGCUGGGGUGGGGGGAGCCCCCGAGCCCCCAUUUAAAGUGCGUCCCAGCUGUGCGCCACCACCUGGGACCCCCCAGCCCUCCCUGCAACCGGCUGGUGGGGCAGUGGGGGGCGUGGGGCAGCCGAGAGGGGCAGCUGUGCCUCCCGCAUGGGCUGUGUGCUGCCCCCGCCGGCUCCCUCUUUGUGGUGGACUUUGGGAACCGCCGGCUGCAGGAAGUGGGGCGGGGUGGGGGGCGGGCCUUGCCCCUGCCGGGGAAGGCCUACUUUGACGUGGCCCGGGGCAGAGGGGGCUGCGUGGCGCUGACCAGCCCCUCUUGGCGCCGUGUGGAGCUCUACAGCGCCCGAGGCCGCCUCCUGCAAGCCCUGGCUGAGGGCUUCCAGAGCCCCCGGGGUAUCUCCCUUGCCCCCCGGGGGGAGUUCCUGGUGGCCGACACGCGUCUGGGGGUGCUGCAUGUCCUGGGGGUGUCUGGGGGCCGUCUGGUGCGGCGGGAGGCUGUGGGGGGCUUCACCAAGCCCUACCUGGUGGCCACCAACAGCCGGGGGGAGGUGGCCGUCUCUGAGCGGGGGCUGGACGGGGGCUGCUGCGUCAAGGUGCUGGCCCCCACCUGGCAGCUCCUGAGGGUGCUGGGUGGGCAGGGCCGCCCCCCGCUGCUCACCAACCCCUGGGGGGUCUCCCUGGACGAGGCCGGGCGGGUGGUGGUGGCCGACUGGGGGCGCCUCUCCCACGCCGUCUUCUGCUACCCUCCGCGAGGGAGGGGCUGGGCCGUGGCCACCGAGGGGUUAAGCAGCCCCCGGGGGGUUGCCCUUCUCGGGGAGCGCCACCUAGUGGUGGCAGACAGCAUGCACCACUGCCUGAAGACCUUCCAGUACUGUUGA